AUCUUGAUAAGUACCCGUCUCUCUCUCUCUCUCAUCUUCCAACCCAAUCUCCAAAUUCAUUCUAUCAAAAACCACAUCAUUUCAUUUCAGUUCAGUUCAGUCCUACCAGCGGAAAAUCCAUAUCAGAUGCUCAGUUCAUUCAUCUGUGGCACUUUUCAUCCUGAAGAAGGAGAAGAUGAUGAGCCCCACUGGAACAACUUCCCUAGAUCCCCAGGGAAAUCCAGGAGGCACAGCUUGCUCCGGAGGAGCAACAACAGCAGCUAUAUUGGCAAGAAGAACAAGAACCCGUAUGCGAACCGGGGGCUCGACAAGUUCUCGGCCCUCGUGGCCGACCUCGAGGAGAAGAGGAAGGAGAUAUACCUGCAGAGCGGGUCACAGGACAUAGCCUUCGUCCGGUUCGUCUCGUCGAGUUCAGACGGUUUCGUGCCGGUUGUCGUGAAGUCGAAGGAUCAUCAGCAUCAUCAUCAUCAUCACCACCAUCAUCAUCAGAACAAGGAGAAGAAGAAGAAGGCAGAGAGGAGCGAGGUGACGAAGGAGAUUGCGAGCGCAGCCCGCGAUUCGGAAACCAUGGUCAAGCCUCCAGAGGAGGCGAAAGCAGUGGAUGAACCCGAGGUGGAAUUGAAUGAGGAGGCAAAGAGGAAGAAGAGCUUCUCGUGGAGGAGACCAUCUUGCUACGUGCCUCUGGCAAUGAUCAUGAUCUUGCUGUUGCUGGCUUUGUUCGAGAGGUCAUUCGCAAUCGUGUGCACUUCCAUUGGGUGGUACAUGGUUCCUGCACUGAGAGAAAGGAGCUCAACUGUAGUGAACAAGAAGAAGAUGGAAAAAUCUUCUCCUCCCAAGAGCAAUAACAGUGAAGAAAAUGGCAGGACGCAAUGACAUGGGCGCUGUAAAAGCUGGUGAAGACGACCAAACUUCCUUGAUCUACUCUGUAAUUCGAUUUAACAGUUUAGUCCCCUUU